AUUCACCCCCAUUCAGGCUUUCCCGGCGUUUAUUAAGGGCCGGGGCUGCUGCCUCUCACUCACUCUCUCCCGGGCUCAAACUCCUCGCACCGCACCGGAGAUCACCCGCUUCUUCCCCUCCCGCCAGCUGUGCACCUUUGUCUCUCCCCAGCAAUGCAUCUCCCCGCGGUUCUGUUCUGUGCGAUCUGGUGUGCAGUGUUGGCCGAGAACACAGAUGAUUAUGAGCUCAUGUAUGUGAAUUUGGACAACGAAAUAGACAAUGGACUCCAUCCCACCGAGGACCCCACGCCGUGCGACUGCCGCCGGGAGCAUUCUGAGUGGGACAAGCUGUUCAUCAUGCUGGAGAACUCGCAGAUGCGGGAAGGCAUGCUGCUGCAGGCCACCGACGACGUCCUCCGCGGCGAGCUGCAGAGGCUGCGGGCGGAGCUGGGCCGCCUGGCGGGCAGCAUGGCGCGGCCGUGCGCCCCCGCGGUCCCCGCGGACGCCGGGCUGGCCGGGGCGCUGGACGAGCUGCGGCAGGCGAUCCGCGAUGCGGACCUGAGGCUGGCGCGCCUGGAGAGCGCGGGGACGCGGCGCGCGGAGGAGGCGGGGCGCGCGCUGGACGCGGUGCUGCGCGAGCUGCACGACACGCGCGCCGACUUGCGCGCGGUGCAGGGCUGGGCCGCCCGCCGCUGGCUGCCGGCAGGUUGUGAAACAGCAAUCUUAUUCCCAAUGCGUUCCAAGAAGAUUUUUGGAAGUGUGCAUCCUUCAAGACCAAUGAAACUGGAGUCUUUUAGUGCCUGCAUUUGGGUCAAAGCCACAGAUGUAUUAAACAAAACCAUCCUGUUUUCCUAUGGCACAAAAAGGAGUCCAUAUGAGAUCCAGCUGUACCUCAGCUAUCAGUCCAUAAAGUUCGUGGUUGGAGGAGAGGAGAACAAACUGGUUGCUGACACUGUGAUUGCCCUAGGAAGAUGGACCCACCUGUGUGGUACCUGGAAUUCAGAGAAAGGACACACAUCCUUGUGGGCCAAUGGCGAGCUGGUGGCUACCACUGUGGAGAUGGCCACAAAUCACAUUGUUCCCGAGGGAGGAAUCCUGCAGCUUGGCCAAGAAAAGAAUGGCUGCUGUGUGGGUGGGGGCUUUGAUGAAACCUUAGCCUUUUCUGGAAGACUCACAGGCUUCAAUAUCUGGGAUCGUGCUCUCACCAAGGAAGAGAUAAGAGAGACUGGAGGAGUGGACUCUUGUCACAUCCGGGGAAAUGUUGUUGGGUGGGGAGUCACAGAGAUUCAGCCACAUGGAGGAGCUGAGUAUGUUUCUUAAGUGUUGAGAAACUCUACUUGAAGCCAAAGAAAGAAACUAACAUUUUAAAUAUUUGCCAGUUGGGAAAGUCUAAAAACCUCACUGUAUAAAAAGAACACUUGAGACUAAUGGAAGAGAGGGUCGAGGUCGAUCUUUAUUUAUCUUGGCAAAAUACUGAAGAAACACUGAAGGACAGAGGUUGGAGAAAGCUUUAGGGGAUGUGGUUAUGGACUUUAUGCCCUGGUGUUUUCAGAUUGAUGUGGUGUCUCUGUCAGAUAAACUUUCAAAUAAUGAAAAAGGACUGCAUUGUUGAACAGAAGGACAAUUGUUUUACUUCUCUUUGGUUAAUUUUGUUUUGGCCAGAGAUGAAUUUUUACAUUGGAAGAAUAACAAAAUAGUUUUGUUGCCCAUUGCUCAUUCUUGGCAUGUACCUUAUGAAAAUGAAAAAAAAAUAUUUAUACCAUAAAGUGACUUAUUAACAAAUAUAAAUGUAGCUUAUGUGUUAUAACCAAAUGUCACUUUUUUGAGAAGAUAGUUGUAUAAGUUAUAUUAUAAAAUGGGUUUGUAUUAAUUUUAUUUUUAUAAAGCUCUACUAUAAAUAAAAUGUUUUAUAAAACU